AUGCCACCUGCAUCGAGAGGCUUGCUCAUUCCUCCUCGCCUCGCUCGGAAUUAUGCCGCGGUUGCUGCUCCUCGAUCACGCCUCUCCGCUUUUCGACGAGGUAGAUCACUGCCUCCCGAAAGACCGGACAGGCCAGACAAGCCAGACAUAAUUGCGGCGCCUGUACAACGACCGAAAACGAAGGAUGCAGGACAGGAUGGUCCGGCAGACAAAAAGAAUGGCUUUAAGCAGGAACGUACAGGAGGAGGAGGAGAUAAACAACACCAAAACGAACAGAACUAUGGGCAAAGUAUCUUCGACGACCUUCCACCUUCCUUGCGGCGAUGGGUCGGCCGCUUUUUCAUCGUCGGCCCCCCUCUGGCAUUCUUUCUGCUCUUCCUCUGCCCCGUAGAGCCCAUGCGAGUCUCGGGAUCGUCCAUGUCUCCCUUCCUCAACGUCAACUCGUCGCCCGACCUACCAGAAACCGCAGACACUAUCCUAGUCCAACGGGUCCUCUUAGACUCGUUCUUCCGACCCCAUCUGCCAAAAUGGGAAGUCAAGCGCGGCGAAGUCAUUGUGUUCCGCAGCCCGACCAACCCGGAAAAACUGGCUGUGAAACGAGUCGUCGGUGUUCCCGGCGACAUUGUGAAGCCUCUGCCGGGAUAUUCUGGUGGCGAAGAGCCGAUAGUCAUACCGUUCAACCAUAUUUGGGUGGAAGGUGACGCGAACAGCCGGGACAAGAGUGUCGAUUCGAAUUGGUAUGGCCCGAUCAGUUUGAAUCUGGUGAUCGGAAGUGCCAAGAUUCUCAUGACGCCCUGGUAUUCGUGGAAGGUGAUCCGACCACAGCAGGACGACUACCCGGCCAAAAGGAGCGGCCGCGUCGAGUUCGACGCCGUGUUGGAUGCCAAGAUCAACCCGGAUAAGAAACGGCUUAGCGAGGCGUUUAGCAGCGGCGAGGCUGCUCGCGAGUUGGUCAUGCUCCGCAAGAACCGUGAGAUCCUACCGACGUUCCUCCGUGAUAAGGUCAAGAGCGCCAAAAUGAGGAAUAUGUAUGCCACGGCGUGUCGGGAGCUCGAGGGUCAGGAUGAUCCUGAGAUUGUCAAGACCGCGCAGGGAAUUAUUGAUGAACUUGAGGCGGCGUUUGAGGCCGUUGGCCUGGCGAGGAAUGGCAACCGUUUACCACCUGCUUUGGUGCAGGGAGUAAGCGAGGAUGAUCCUCCUCAGAGGAAGAGGCUGGAAGCUUACCUCGCGGAAAAUAAGAGCGGAGAGCAAGCUAGUAGCAUUGGAUGA